UUGGAUUGACGCCAAAAAAGCCGAAGCCGCCAUUAUUGUAAAAUCGUAUUGUAAAAAUAAAUUUCACGUGCUCACAGUGAGUACGAUACAGUAAACAAGCUAAUCAAACUAAAGAAAAUCAUGGCUGACAACGACGAUCUUCUCGACUACGAAGAUGAAGAACAAGCAGAUCAACAGACUGCUGACGGGUCUACCGAAGUGGCGCCAAAGAAGGAGGUUAAAGGAUCCUACGUAUCCAUCCACAGCUCUGGUUUUAGAGACUUCUUACUUAAGCCAGAGAUACUCCGCGCUAUUGUUGAUUGCGGUUUUGAGCAUCCUUCCGAAGUUCAACACGAAUGCAUUCCGCAAGCCGUCCUCGGUAUGGACAUACUUUGUCAAGCCAAGUCCGGUAUGGGUAAGACAGCCGUGUUUGUUUUGGCAACAUUGCAGCAGCUGGAACCCUCCGAGAGCCACGUUUACGUGCUUGUAAUGUGCCACACCAGAGAGUUGGCUUUCCAAAUAAGUAAGGAGUACGAGCGUUUCUCGAAAUAUAUGUCAGGAGUCAGAGUGUCAGUAUUCUUUGGUGGUAUGCCAAUUCAGAAAGACGAGGAAGUCCUUAAGACAGCAUGUCCUCACAUUGUAGUGGGAACUCCCGGUAGAAUUUUGGCAUUAGUAAACAGUAAGAAACUUAAUUUGAAACAUUUAAAACACUUCAUCCUUGAUGAGUGUGAUAAGAUGCUGGAAUCUCUAGACAUGAGGCGAGAUGUGCAGGAGAUAUUCCGGAACACUCCUCACGGGAAACAGGUGAUGAUGUUCUCAGCCACAUUGAGUAAAGAAAUCAGACCUGUGUGUAAGAAAUUUAUGCAAGACCCAAUGGAAGUUUAUGUAGAUGAUGAAGCCAAACUCAAGCUACAUGGACUGCAGCAACAUUAUGUGAAACUAAAAGAAAAUGAGAAGAAUAAGAAACUCUUCGAACUACUUGAUGUAUUGGAGUUCAAUCAGGUGGUUAUUUUUGUGAAAUCAGUACAGCGCUGCAUAGCUCUGGCACAACUGCUCACCGACCAGAACUUCCCUGCCAUUGGUAUCCACAGAAAUAUGACCCAGGAUGAGCGUCUCUCCCGUUAUCAACAAUUCAAGGACUUCCAAAAAAGGAUCUUGGUUGCAACAAACUUAUUUGGCCGAGGAAUGGACAUUGAAAGGGUAAACAUUGUCUUCAAUUAUGACAUGCCUGAAGAUUCAGAUACAUAUCUACAUCGUGUCGCCCGCGCAGGAAGGUUUGGUACCAAAGGUCUGGCCAUUACUAUGAUAUCUGAUGAAAAUGAUGCCAAGAUCUUAAACCAAGUACAAGAUCGUUUCGAUGUUAACAUUACAGAGCUGCCUGAAGAAAUUGAGCUCUCUACCUACAUCGAAGGACGAUAGAUUAAGUUUCAUUCCCAUACCUAUUUACUGCUGUGGCUCAUUUUGUUGGUAAUUAGACUGGCCUGCUUUAACAUUGAUUUGUAAUACAUUGAGCCACAUUUACUGUUUAACUAGGUUUAUCUAAUUAAAGUGACAUUUCAUAUUGUGAUA